CGGACGGAGGGAGUACUAUUUAAAGUUUUGCCGGAUUUACCCAAACACGCUCCAUUAGGUUGUCGACCCGGGUACAACACCCAGUUCUAGUGUCUGUUAUUUACUCUGCGAGUUAGGGUUCUUUAGCUCACCAGAAUUUAAUCUUUGUGCUGUGUUUGAAGUAUGGAAGGGAGAUACCGAAUGCCUCGGCACCCUGAACCCUAUCGAGGUCCUCGUGAUGAUCCACGAGUUCUCAUGCAUCGGGGACCAGGACCCCUACCACCUCACCCUGCUGCUCUGGAGGAGGAAAUCGAAUACCAACAUAGAGAUAUUCAAAGACUUCUUUCAGAAAAUAGGCAUGUCAUGGAUGAAAACAUUAUCCUGCAAAGGGAUUUGGCUGCAGUCAAUGAUGAGAUGCAUAGAUUAGGUCAGGUGAUACAUAAACUACAUGCUGAAAAAGAUGCUAAAACCAAGGACUUAAUUGAAAGAGGAUUAAAGCUAGAAAGUGAGCUUCGCGAUAUCGAGCCACUGAGGGCAGAGGUGGUGCAGUUGAGAGCUGAAGCUCAGAAAUUAAACUCUGUUCGACGAGAUAUGGUUACACAAGUUCAACAUCUCACAGAGGACAUUACUAGAGUUACAUCUGAGAAUCAACAGAUAUCUGCUAUGAGGAAUGACAUUGAUGGAAUGCGUAAAGAACUAACCGAGGCCAGGAGAGCUAUUGAAUUCGAGAAGAAAGCAAAUGAAGAGCAAUCGGAACAAAAGCAGUUAAUGGAGAAAAACCUUAUUACUAUGGCUCGGGAGGUGGAGAAGCUGCGAGCUGAGCAACUGAGUUUAGAUCGGAGAGGUAGAGGUGCUGGAGGUUAUGGAAUAUUGAAUGGAAGCCCUGACACAAGGUAUGCUGGUGGUGACACAAGGUACGCAAGUGGUGCAUAUGGUGAUGUCUAUGGUGGUGGAUCUUGGGGAGUGUAUGACAGCCGAGGCUCUACCCGUCGCUGAUCCUAAUAUAAUGCAAUUAGCUAUCUGUUUCCUACUGUUUGUUUUGCAUUAUCUAGGUGUCUUCAGAACCCACAAAAAGUAGUCUAGACAUCGUUCCUGUACUAUACCAGAAGUCCAAAACUAGAUCCUGUAGUGAUGUUGAUGGUAGCUGUGGUGUUAAUCGACACAUUUCGAAUGAAUGUCAUGCAAUUGCAAUGUAUUUGUCUAAGCAGUACAAUUGCAUUUCAUAUCAAAUCCAAGUCGAGCAACCUCACAAACCUA